AUGUACCCUCGUUUGGUGCACCUAGGCUCAGCGGAGAAGUCGUCUCGACAUGGCGCUGAGGAUAAAGCCGCCGCAGCAAUGAACUCAAUGCGUUCGCUAAUCCAACGACGUUUGGCCGAUCGAUCGGACAUAUUCGCAGCCAUUUUCGAUAUCUUUAAAAUUGAUGGAAAUGAUGAGGCAGCUCGAGCAGAACGUCUAGCUGAAGUUGAGCGGUCCAUUCUCUCGGGGGCAUCUCAAUGGUCUGCCAAAUUGGCGAUCACCGUUAAAUCUGCACAGGGCCUAAUCGGGAAGGAUAAGAGCGGUCGAAGUGAUCCCUACGUAACCGUACAGGUUGGAAAGGUUCGACGACUUACUAAUAAUCAUCUCCUUCAUUUUCGAUAUUGUAGCGAAUGUCACAAUGCCUCAGAUCGAAUUAAGGUCAGAAUAUGGGAUGAAGACAACGAUCUGAAGUCUAAAAUUCGUCAGAAAUUUACCCGAGAAUCGGAUGACUUCCUCGGUCAGGCAAUCAUUGAAGUACGAACCCUAGGUGGAGAGAUGGAUUUGUGGUACAACCUCGAAAAGCGAACUGACAAAUCCGCUGUUUCCGGGGCCAUUCGUCUGAAUAUUUCCAUUGAAAUUAAAGGUGAAGAGAACUCCGCUCCAUACCACAUUCAAUACACAUGUCUCCACGAAGAAGAACUUUGGCGGGUCUUUUUCGAUUCCCUCGGUCAGGAAAUCUCUGACGAAUUCGCCAUGCGAUACGGCAUCGAGAGCAUCUUUCAGGCCAUGACGUAA